CGGUACCGGAUGUGACAGCCUAUUUAAUCGAAUCUAAUUAUUUACCACAUUUUGCGAAGUUAUUAACGGCUGAAGAAGAUAUCUUCAUGCAAGAAUACUUUUCCGCAAUACUCGUAAAGUUAUCCAAAGAUCCAUGCGGCAUAGCGCUAUUAGUAGAAUAUUGUUCAAAUAUGGAUUUUCUCUUUGAAAAGAUACAAUCUUCAGAUCCAGAUGUAAAAAAAAAUAACAUAGAGAUUCUAUAUAAUAUAAUGCAAGAUCCCGUAGGUGCAUAUAAAAUUUUGAAAUCUCAGCAGUUUAACUUUCCCUUGUUAUUUCAACAUUUUGAAUCAUCGUAUCCGGAGAUUCAGCAACAUGCGCUAAUUAUAGUUGCUACUAUAAUCGGGAUAAACAAAAAUGAAGAUGUACAAUCUUUAUUCUUCAAAGAAAACGGAGUUCAAACUUUAUUGAAUUUUUUAAAAAAUGAUGAGUGGAGUGAUUUACACGUUGAAGCUUUAAGAAUAUUAAAUCGAGCUGCUGAGAAUCCAUCAAUUACGAAUGAAUUUAUUAACAGUGAAGGUAUUCCACUAGUGUUAAACUACAUAGAAAACGCAGCGAGUUCUGAACUUUUUACAGAAGCUUUCAAAGUCAUUGCGCAUAUUACUAAUACUUCAGAUGGAAGAAAAAUUCUACAUUCACAUAAAGUGGUUGGAUAUUUAAUAGACACUUUAGAACGAUCAAUACAAUCUGAUAUAGUUGAAAUUAGUUGUCAUGCAAUUGGAAAAAUGACACUUUAUAAUCCCGCUGCGGAAGAAUUCGCAAGAAGGAAAUCCAUUGGAAUUAUUUUAGACGUACUGAAAAAAGAAAACUUACAAUGGUCCGCAAGACACACUGCAUGUUACGCACUCAAACAAUUAUUGACGAGCAAUAUUAGAAAUUGUGAUAUUUUUUUGAGUCUUCAUGGACAAGAUUAUCUGUUACAACUGGUGAAACAGUCUAAGAAACAAGUUCCCAUAGAAAUUUGCAUCAUAGCUCUUGAAGCUUUGAUUGUCGUAGCGCGUCAUUCAUCUCUUAGAAAUUCUUUAAUUAAUUUUGACACCAUCGACACAAUUUGCUUAUUUCUGGAGGUAAAAGCAGCAUUUGACUUGUUCAUAGAGAAUACUGAAUCUCGAGACCGAUGUUCACAAUAAUUAUUUCGAAAUAUUCAA